AGUUGCUGGGAAUAAAGUAAGAAUGGUAAUGCAGUUUCAGGAGUUAGAAAAUCCAGCUCAAAUUAGUCCUUGCCAGAGCUGCACAUCAUCAGGUUCUGUCAUGGAAAUGAUGAGCAUGAAGCCUGCAAAAGGUGUACUAACAGAGCCAACAACAGGUCCUCUGGGGCAGAACCUAGAAGUGGAAUCAUACUCACAAUACAACAACAUUCAGUUUCCUCAAGUUCAACCACAGAUUUCCUCCUCAUCCUAUUAUUCCAGCCUGGGUUUCUACCCCCAGCAGCCUGAAGAGUGGUACUCUCCUGGACUAUAUGAACUCAAGCCACUGCCCACGGAGACCCUCUACCAGGGAGAGACUGAGGUAGCAGAGAUUCCUGUGACAAAGAAGCCUCGAAUGGGCACGUCAGCCGGGAGAAUAAAAGGAGACGAGCUAUGUGUUGUUUGUGGAGACAGAGCAUCUGGAUACCAUUAUAACGCACUGACCUGCGAGGGGUGCAAAGGUUUCUUCAGGAGAAGCAUCACCAAAAAUGCCGUGUACAAGUGUAAAAACGGAGGCAACUGUGUGAUGGACAUGUACAUGCGAAGGAAGUGCCAGGAGUGCCGACUAAGGAAAUGCAAAGAGAUGGGAAUGUUGGCUGAAUGUAUGUAUAGAGGCUUGUUAACUGAAAUUCAGUGUAAAUCCAAACGACUGAGAAAAAACGUGAAGCAGCAUGCAGAUCAGACCGUUAAUGAAGACAGCGAAGGGCGUGACCUGCGACAAGUGACCUCGACCACUAAGUCAUGCAGGGAGAAAACUGAACUCACCCUGGAUCAACAGAAUCUUCUACAUUAUAUUAUGGAUUCAUAUAGCAAACAGAGGAUGCCUCAGGAAAUCACAAAUAAAAUUUUAAAAGAAGAAUUCAGUGCAGAAGAAAAUUUUCUCAUUUUAACUGAAAUGGCUACCAGUCAUGUACAGAUUCUUGUAGAAUUCACAAAAAAGCUACCAGGAUUUCAGACAUUGGACCAUGAAGAUCAGAUUGCUUUGCUGAAAGGGUCUGCAGUUGAAGCUAUGUUCCUCCGUUCAGCUGAGAUUUUCAAUAAGAAACUUCCAGCUGGGCAUGCUGACCUAUUGGAAGAGAGAAUCCGAAAGAGUGGUAUUUCUGAUGAAUACAUAACGCCGAUGUUUAGUUUUUACAAAAGUGUGGCAGAAUUGAAAAUGACUCAAGAAGAGUAUGCUCUGCUUACAGCAAUUGUUAUUCUCUCUCCAGACAGACAAUACAUAAAGGACAGAGAGGCCGUAGAGAAGCUUCAGGAACCUCUGCUUGACGUGCUGCAGAAGCUGUGCAAGAUCCAUCAGCCUGAGAACCCCCAGCAUUUCGCCUGUCUCCUAGGCCGCCUGACGGAGUUGCGGACAUUCAACCACCACCACGCGGAGAUGCUGAUGUCCUGGCGCGUCAAUGACCACAAGUUCACGCCGCUUCUCUGCGAAAUCUGGGAUGUGCAGUGAGGAGCACCCAGGGGCGGGGCCGGCCCUCUGUUUUCCUCCUAUCAUAAAGCCGAUGUGAAACUUUUCCUUCAUUUCAUUUGUGCCUGGUUUCACACAAGAAUUUUGACGAAUAUUUAUGCAGUAAUUAUGUAACUUCCACAAUUGUAAAUACGGGGCUAGGUAGAAUGACUUUCUCUACUUGUAUUUUACACGGCUUCAGGGAAUCUUUUCUUCUAAUUGGCAUGCCCUGUUUGCCUAACUAAAUCGUUACUUCAGUUCUAUUUGUUGAAAUAGGGAAAAAUCUCAGUUUGCUCUUCAUCUGCCCUUAUUGCAUAUAUUUUAUUAAACAGUUGUGUGCACUUUUGGCAAUAAACUGAACAUAAUGGAAACAGG